AUGCAGCUGGUCCAUAAACGAAACCAGCAGAAGCAGAGCAGACAGGUCCUGCGGAAAUCCACUGCCAGGGGCCCUGGUGGGCACAGGACGCGCACAGGUGACCAGAUGCAGCCCAACGUGGCUGGAUCUGACGGGCUGGAAGGCUGCUCGGGGUGUGGCAUCGAGGACCAGGCCUGCACAGAGCGCCGGGCCGGGGGUUUAGUUGGGGACAUCUAUCCGGACAGUUCUCCACUGAGGAAAUUUAAAAUCUACAGCCUGGAGAUGCAGGGUAAAUUCAUACAAAGGGACCUUCCCAACAUCUGGAAACAGACCUUCUUCCAGCCUCAGGGCCCUGCCUUCUUCCUUGCUCUCCUGAGAGUCGGAAGUCACCCCAAAGACACCUUCAUGAACAUGAAGGCAUUUGCGCCCAGAGGCGAUUCGACACUCUCGGUCCGAUGCGGGGCUGCUGUUCCCGCCGCCCAGAGCCCGACUCUCCGCCUCCGUCCCCUGCGUCCCGGGCGGCGCGCGCCUGAGACCGUCCCCGCGUCCCCGCAGCGCGCACCUGAGCCGGCCCGCGUCCCCGCGUCCCCGCGCGGCGUCUGGGCAGCGGAGAGGCGGCGGGAGCAGCGCGGGACGUCGGCUCCUCGGCCUAGCGGUGAUGGGCUCCCCGCAGCGUUCCAGGUGAAGGUCCCCCAGCCCCCAGCCCACCUGCCCUUCCAGGCGCGGGCUCGCUCACGCCUCAUCCCGGUUCCCCAUCGCCCCGAGGGCAGCUUACCUGGGAGCCUCCUAGACCCCCUCCGCGUUCUGUCAGUCGUCAUCCACAGGCAUUUAUUGCGUCGAGCCCUGGGAACGUUACUGCUGUUCCUGCCCCCCCUGCUGGGGGUCUGUCCGUCACCUCCGAUGGAAGAAAGUCAGGGUGUGGGUGCUGAGAAGGCGCUCCUCCUGCCGGUCACCGAGUCCUUCCCGAACCUGGUGGAUAAUGAGGUGGGCAGUGGGACCGCCCCGGUGGCCCAGGACCCUGGGUGGACCCGGGUGGAGCGCAGAGACCCGCCCGAGUCCCCCUGUCUCUCCUGGAGAAGAGUCCUGUGCAUCUUUUUCCUGCCAUUUAUUUCAUCAGGUUUUGCUCCUCGGGUGAAACACAGAGAUAACUUUGUAUUUGAAAACGACCAGCUGAAGCCAGACCAGCGCAGCUUUAACUGGUCGCACCUGACCCCGCUCAAGCUGAAGGACCGCUCGGUGGGGCUUCAGACUGAAGAGAGAGCAGGAAGGAACCCGUACUUCACGCUGGAGGGUCAUGAGUUCCUCAUCUUCGGGGGCUCCAUCCACUACUUCCGGGUGCCCAGGGUCUACUGGAGGGACCGGCUGCUCAAGCUGAGAGCCUGCGGCUUCAACACCGUCACCACCUACGUUCCGUGGAACCUGCACGAGCCGGAAAGAGGCAGAUUCGACUUCUCUGGGAACCUGGACCUGGAGGCUUUCGUCCUGUUGGCCACGGAGGUGGGGCUGUGGGUGAUCCUGCGUCCGGGCCCCUACAUCUGCAGUGAGAUGGACCUCGGGGGCCUGCCCAGCCGGUUACUGCAAGACCCCGCGUCGCAGCUGAGGACCACCAACCACAGCUUUGUGGAGGCUAUUAGCAAGUACUUCAAUCGCCUGAUUGCCAGAGUGGUUCCGCUGCAGUACCGCAAGGGAGGGCCCGUCAUCGCGGUGCAGGUGGAGAAUGAGUACGGCUCCUUCUACAAGGACAAGGCUUACAUGCCCUACCUUCACCAGGCCCUGCUGCGGAGAGGGAUUGUGGAGCUGCUCUUGACCCCAGAUAAUGCAGAUGCAGUAGCGAGAGGCCACAUAAAAGGAGUGCUGGCCACCAUCAACAUAAAGACAUUUAACGAGGACUCGUUGAAGCAUCUUUAUAAGGUGCAGAGCAAUAAGCCCAUUUUGAUCAUGGAAUACUGGGUCGGCUGGUUCGACACGUGGGGAAAUGAACACAUGGUGAGAAAUGCGGAAGAGAUUAAAAGCAGUGUGUCUGAAUUUAUCAGAUUGGGGAUCUCCUUCAACGUGUACAUGUUCCACGGGGGAACCAACUUCGGUUUCAUGAACGGGGCCACGCAUAUUGACAGGCACAGAGGCGUUGUCACGAGCUAUGACUACGACGCGCUGCUGACAGAGGCUGGGGACUACACAGACAAGUACUUCAAGCUCCAAGAACUCUUUAAAUACAUCCUCGUUACCCCUCUGCCCCUCUUACCGGAGCCCAUUCCCAAGACUGUGUACCCCUCCGUGGACCCAUCCCUUUACUUGCCACUGUGGGAUGCCCUGCAGUACUUGAAUCGGCCAGUCAUCUCUAACAUUCCACUCAACAUGGAGAACCUGCCCAUCAACAACGGCAACGGCCAGUCCUAUGGGCUUGUGCUUUACGAGACGACCAUCUGCUCCGGGGGCCGGCUCCACGCUGACGCGCGGGACAUGGCUCAGGUGUUUUUGAAUGAGACAAGUUUAGGAAUUCUGGCUGAUGGUUUUCAGAACAUAGACAUUCCUAAAAUCACGGAAUGUCAACUUCUAAGGAUCCUGGUAGAGAAUCAAGGACGCAUCAGUUUUUCAUGGAAAAUUCAAAAUCAGCAGAAAGGAUUAAUCGGACCUGUUACUCUGAAUAACAUUCCCCUGCAGAGUUUCACCAUCUAUUCUCUAGAAUUAAAAAUGAGCUUCUUCGAGAGGCUCCGCUCUGUCUCCUGGAAGCCUGUCCUAACUUACUCCCUGGGCCCUGCCUUCUACCUGGGCACCUUGAAGGCGGGCUCUUCUCCCCAGGACACCUUCCUGACGCUCCCGGGCUGGGAUUAUGGAUUUGUGUUCAUCAAUGGGCAUAACCUUGGGCGAUAUUGGAACAUUGGGCCUCAGGAGACCCUUUACCUUCCUGGUGCCUGGCUCCAGCCAGGGGACAAUGAGAUCAUCGUGUUUGAGAAGAAGAAGCGUGGGCCAUACAUCCACACCACAGACAACCCCAGGUGGUAGGACUGGGUUCUGACACCCUUCUUGGCUUGUUGGAGUUCAUCCACAGGCAGUUUUUCAGGAGGAAGGUUUACAUCAAGAAUAUCAAAUACACACUCUGUGUGUUACAUAUGAACUAUGUCAAGAGAGUAAAUCCUGAGUUCUCAUCACAAAGAAAAAACCUUUUUUUCUAUUUCUUUAAUUUUGUACUAUACUAGGUGAUGGAGGUUCACUAAACUCAUUUUGGUCAUUAUUUCAUGACAUAUGUAAGUGAAAUCAUUAUGGUGCACACCUUAAAUGUAUACAGUGCUGUUGUCAAUCAUAUCUCAAUAAAACUGGAAGGAAUAAAAGAUGUAAGGGACAAGGGCCCAUGUCCCUCCAGAACCCCAGUGCCUGAAUGAAGGCAGAAUUAAGUCUUGUCCACCAGUGUGUCCCCAGCACCCAGCACAGAGCACGAGCUCAAUGAGGCAUCCUGAACAAUUUAACCACCUGUCCGCCUGGCGUAGAAGGACGUGACAGCAUUUCAGGGGAGGGACACGGGUGAGGGUCAAAUGGUCUCGUAUGUUCUGAGAAUCACAAAUAACCUGUUACAAGGUUCACGUCAGGACAACUUUUCCCCUCAAAGCACGUCACUGUCACCCUGUUCCUUCCUCAGCAGUUUCAAGAAACUAAACCAUUCACAGUUUGUACAUCCUAUGUUGCUACUAUUAUCUGUAAAGUGUGGUAUUAAAGCUUUAAUGGCACCAAAAUGGAGGAGAAACAUUUAAAUUCAUUACUCAUCUAUCACGCUGUUGAACUUCAAGAAAA